CGCCCGGGAGUUUCCGUGGCUUGCGAGCGCGCCGCGGACAUGGCCCUGCCGCCCUUCUUCGCCCCGGGUCGCCCGGGUCUGCCGCCCCCACAGCCGCCGCCUCCGACUCCCUUCGGCUGCCCGCCACCACCGCUUCCCUCCCCGGCUUUCCCGCCGCCUCUUCCCCAGCGGCCCGGGCCUUUUCCGGGGGCCUCUGCCCCCUUCCUCCAGCCUCCACUGACUCUGCAGCCCCGGGGCCCCGCAGAAGCCUCCCGGGGCGGCGGCGGCGGCGGCAGCGCCUUCUACCCGGUGCCGCCGCCGCCCUUACCUCCGCCGCCGCCCCAGUGUCGGGCCUUCCCGGGGACCGACUCCGGCGAGCGUCCGCGGCCACCGCCUCCAGGCCCGGGGCCGCCCUGGAGCCCGCGCUGGGCUGAGGGGCCGCCGCCACCCGACGUGCUCGGGGACGCGGCCCUGCAGCGCCUGCGCGACCGGCAGUGGCUGGAGGCGGUGUUCGGGAACCCCCGGCGGGCGGGCGGCCCGGGGCCCCCGCGCACACCUCCCGGGCCCAGCCUGGGCGAAGUGCGUGCGCGGUUGCGCGGGGCCCUGCGUCUGGUGCGGCGGUUGCGCGACCUGGGGCAGGCCUUACGCGAGGCCGAGGCUGAUGGAGCGGCCUGGGCCCGGCUGCACGCGCAGGCCGCGCCGCUGCGCGCCGAACUGGCCGAGCGUCUGCAGCCGCUGUCCCAGGCCGCCUAUGUGGGUGAGGCGCGGCGGAGGCUGGAGAGGGUCCGGCGCCGUCGACUAAGGCUUCGUGAGAGAGCCCGGGAACGUGAGACCGAGCGGGAAGCGGAGGCCGCGCGGGCAGCGGAUCGCGAAAUAGAGAUUGACCGCUGGAGGGUCAAGUGCGUGCAGGAGGUGGAGGAGAAGAAGCGGGAACAAGAACUCAAAGCUGCUGCUGAUGGUGUCUUAUCUGAAGUAAGAAAAAAGCAAGGUGACACCAAAAGAAUGGUGGACAUUCUUCGAGCUCUGGAGAAACUGAGGAAACUGAGGAAAGAGGCUGCAGCAAGGAAAGGGGUCUGUCCUCCGGCGUCAGCGGAUGAGACCUUUGAGCAUCAUCUUCAGCGGCUGAGAAAACUCAUUAAAAAACGUUCUGAAUUGUAUGAAGCUGAAGAGAGAGCCCUCAGAGUUAUGUUGGAGGGAGAACAAGAGGAAGAGAGGAAAAGAGAAUUGGAAAAGAAACAGAGAAAAGAAAAGGAGAAAAUGUUACUUCAGCAACGUGAAAUUGAAUAUAAGCUAUUUGGGGAUCCAGACGAGUUCCCACUUGCUCACCUCCUGCAGCCUUUCCAACAGUAUUAUCUCCAGGCUGAGCAUUCCCUGCCAGCGCUCAUCCAGAUAAGGCAUGAUUGGGAUCAGUACCUUGUACCAUCGGAUCACCCCAAAGGCAAUUCUGUUCCCCAAGGAUGGGUCCUUCCUCCGCUCCCCAGCAAUGACAUCUGGGCAUCCGCCAUUAAGCUGCAUUAAGGAAGAUGUUCCAGGAGUGUGUGUGUGUGUUCCAGCUCUUGUCAGUGAUGCUUCCAUGUCAUGCUGUAGACUGAACUACAACUCUAAUGCUCCAUGUGGUGUUGCCUCGCCUGAAGUUAAGCUUUCUUUCUAUUCUCUGUCCUCACCAGAGGUUCCUCCUGAAUCAGGAGAUUAACACAGUUCUUCAGCGAAGGACCACAGUGACCUGUGGUUUUACCAUAAGCAGUGGCCUUAGUUCACCAAAUUUGCCUCUGUUUUGAGGGGCUUAGUUCAGAGUGACUUGUUUAUUUUCUUUAGCUUCCUUGUACAUUGAUGGUAAGUACACCGAACAUACUCAGUUCAUAUUGCGGGAUAGAAGGCAAACUUCAUGCAAAACCUCCUUCCUUUCCUACACAGAGACCCUUCAGUUCCCAAAAGUGAAAGGACGAAAAUUUGAUCUUCAGUUUUAUUCAUCCCAGUUUUGGGAUGUUUUGGCUAUAGUUAGGAACGUGGCAGUGGCUGCAGGAGGAACUGCCAGAGAAGAUGAUGCCUGGUCUUGUAGUCACGUGGAGAAUUCAGAGAACCUGAAGAGCACCCUACCCACACUGGACAGUGUUCUGCACUUUCCUCACACUCAUCCUAAUGAAAGUACUUGUUUUUGAAGUUUCUAGGUAUCUGGUGGUUCAAAACCUCCAGGGAUAGAAACGUAUUUCUCUAUGGUGGUAGGACCUUAAUCUCACUCAUAGGAGCUGGUAUAGCAGUAGAAUUUUCUUAGGAACUCAGGUUUCCAGAAAUGUCUAUGUAGUAAACACUGGGGGGAAAAGCAAAUAAUAAAAUUUUUCAUAUUCAUUAAUAAAUGUUGUGCUUGGAUCUGAUCAGUCAUAUAACAUGUCAGCUCUUUUCUUUUUGAGUUUUGCCAAUUAAAUUGUUAUUUAAUUUUCAAAAACUAAAUAAAUGUCAUUUUUAGUUUUUUA